CCCUUUCACUUUUAAUUUGAAGCGCAACACUAAGGACUUGCAAGAACCCCACGAAACAAUAUUUCGGACUAACUUGGGAACGUAACCAACUAAAUUGACCUAUUAUAUGGGUAAAUGUCAUAGUUUGGGGUUUUAUUUCGACUUCGACGAUUUUGUUACCAGACUUUUUUUGAAUUUGUUUUUUGCGGUUCACGCGAAGUUAACGUCAGUUAAAAGCCUAGCUCGCGUAUAGCUUAUUCUCGCGAAUAGCCUAUAUCUAAAUAAAAUAACCUAUAUUGUUGUGGUUAAACUAUCAUUCAAAGCUGGCAUUUGUUCGUCCAGAAGUCGGACAAAACAUGGAAUUCCUUUGCCUACAUGUGCUGGAGUCUGAAAAGUUAAAGCCCCCGCCUCCGUAUGCAGAGCGUGUGUCAUUGCUGUGACUGGAUCCAACACCACUACGGUCACUUGAGCUCAGAAUACCUUUCCCUGCUGGACCAGAUGGGAGGAGACAUCACAGAGCAGGAUGCCCCUGUCUUUUUCCCAACAUCACUUUACAGACACAUUGAUGACGCCGGGUUUGAGGACCAAGUCAGAUUCCGGAACGAGACCAUCUAUCAAAUCACAAAACUGUUUGAUGGGAAUAUGAAGGCUGUCACCUGGGACAAGAAAAACUUGGACGAUUUCCUCAACAUUCUAGAACGACAAUUGGAGAACCUUAAAUCCUGUGUAUCACCUGCCAAGAAACCUGAGAGGAGACUGAAACGCUACUCCAAGGAGUUGAAUAGGAAGGUUCUGAGAAAAAUGAACUACAGUGCACAGGCGUGGGAGCUCAUCAGGAAAGAGACGAGACGUCAUCUGCAAAGAUUGGAUAUUUUUAAGGCAAAGAUUCACUGAUCAUCCGGACUCAUCUCAGAAGCUACGCCCUUAACAGUUUAUAAAGAAUACACACAAUCACGUGGGACCCUGUUAGUCUAUUUAUUAUAUUUGAAUGCAUAAUUCAUAAUUUUUUAUUAUUAUAAAUUUAUAUUUAUAUUUUGUAUGUCCCUUUUGUACCUAUGUUGAACUGAACUGUAUUUCCUGUCUGCUUGAAUAACCUGUGAAAAAAAUACAUAUUGAAAAUGUGUGUAGUUGAA